CCUGGACACAGUGAAUGAUAUCAUCAAAAAAGUUACGACCAUUGCUGGGAAUACCUAAUGCUGAGGAAGAUUAUCAACUGUGGUUCUCUUCUAGCCAGGAAGAAACACCAAGCCCACUCCUGGGGCAUGAGAACCCAUAUGCCAUCAGAAUGAGUGACCUUCGAAAUUCUACCUAUGUGGCAGUGGGGCCAAGAGAUUACACUGAUUAUCUUGAUAUCAACAAGGCCAUCCAGGAGCUGCAGUCCCCACAUAAGCUAGGACUGUUCAUCCUGAAGCCCAAGGACCCACCCAAAGACCAGAGCCAUUCAGAGAAAACAGUUAGAAGAAGAUGUUCUUUGAUCAACUGGAUUUUUCGGCGAGGCCCUGACUAUGUUCGUCUGGACACACCAGGACCAAACACUGGACGUUUUGGAAGGACCGUCAUGGACACUGGUGAAGAUGGUGAACUGUCUGCUACAGUUCUGUAACUAUGGAACAACCUCUUGAUGCAAGACCAUUGAACACCACACUGUCCUGCACAAGGGACAACUGCUAAAGGCUGUCCAAGGCCCCAUCUGGACCAACUCGUUUAGCUAGCUGUCCAUAAUUUUUUCCCUCAUUAGAGACUAGAAUCCCUGUAACCACAUAUGACCUCUUUCUUCCCUUAUUGUCACGGUAUUUUUUUCUGAAAACUCUUUCUCAAAAUAUUGACUGGAUUUGUUACAACUUUGUUUGCAUCCUGUCCAUAAGGAUAUAGCAGAAUUCUUCAACAAAGGAAUCAAACCACCGAGAAUAAACCAAGAGAAGCAUGAGUUGACACCUCCUUCAAUCUAUUCACAGCUGAGAAAAAUCUGUCUCCUAAAUAUCUCCUCUGUUUUACUAUUUUAUAUUAUUUGAGUUCUAUUUAGAAUACUAUAUGAAUUAGAUGUAUUUG